AAGUACCAGGUAUUAGUAAGUAAAUAAAGAUCCAUCUGCAUGGACAUAUGCUAGUCAUAUUGUCAUCAAAGCAAGCCAUGGCUUUAAAAAGAUCAUCUCAAUCUUUGAUUGAUAUUUUUACAAAAAUUAAAAAUUCAAGUAAAAAUAUUGCUCUAACAUUUUCUAGAGAUUUAAGAGGCAUCCAAAUCCUCGUUUCUUUGCAAACAAAUGCCUGGAAAAUGAAGACGUUAAAUGCUACUGUUGUUACCCGAUUUAAUCAUGUGGUCAGUGCUAAUAAAAAUAAACCAGCUAUAAUCUGUCAAGACAAAGUAUGGACUUUUCAAGACCUUGAUUCAUUUUCAAAUAAAAUUGCUCAAACCUUUGUAUCAUCUGGUUACAAACCUGGAGAUGAAGUUGCACUAUUAAUGGACAAUAAGCCUGAAUUUGUUGGUAUAUGGCUAGGUGCAGCAAAAGCAGGCUUGAUAACAGCUUUGCUCAACACAAAUCUUAAAUCAUCGACGCUUUUACAUUCUCUUAGUGUCAUUCAAACUCGUGCUUUAAUAUAUGAUUCCGUUUUUGAACCAGUGGUUCAAGAUUUACAGAAGAUACUUCCAUCAGAUAAAACAAUUCAAUUUUACCGCUAUGAUGAAAAUGGAAAAAAGGUUGAUGAGAAAAAUACAAAAGCCAAAUCACUUAUACCGUUGAUUGAAGCAUCAGCUGAUCGUCCCGUUAAUUUUAGAGGAAAUUUUACAGAUAAAUUACUUUAUAUUUACACAUCGGGAACAACAGGGCUUCCCAAGGCUGCUAUUAUAACUAAUGCAAGGUUCUUUAUCUUUGGCCAUGGCAUUAAAACAUUCACUCGAUUAACGUCAAAGGAUAUUGUCUACACUCCAUUGCCUCUCUAUCAUUCCGCCGGUGGAAUUUUAGGUGCUAGUAAUUGUCUACUUUAUAGUACAACAAUUGUUAUAAGGAACAAGUUUUCAGCCAAGCACUUUUGGGAAGAUUGCUAUAAAUACAAAUGCACCAUGGCACAAUACAUUGGUGAAACUGUUCGAUAUCUUCUCGCUACACCUCAAAAUGAAUAUGACCGUAAACACAGUGUUCGAUGUGUAUAUGGUAAUGGGUUCAGACCAUCUCUGUGGAGAGAAUUUAAGGAGCGAUUCGGUGUCGGUACUAUAGUUGAACUAUAUGGAGCUACUGAGGGAAGCGCCAGGACUGUAAAUAUAGAUAAUUAUGAAGGAUCGUGUGGUUUCAUACCGAAAUUGAUGCCUACUUGGUUACUAAAAAGAGCUUAUCAAACUAUGCUGAUUCGUAUUCACCAAGAAACGGGCGAACCAAUUAGAAAUGAGAAAGGUUUUUGUGAAAUUUGUGAACCUGGGGAAGUUGGACAAAUAAUUGGAAUGAUUAGCAACAAGAAUGUCCUCAAAGGUUUCGAGGGAUAUGCUGAUAAAGAAGCAACACGAAGUAAGAUCUUAAAAGACGUUUUUCGAAAGGGCGAUUCAUAUUAUGCAUCCGGCGAUUUAUUAGUUCGAGAUGAACUAGGAUACCUUUAUUUUGUUGAUAGAACUGGUGAUACUUAUAGAUGGAAAGGUGAAAAUGUUUCCACAGGUGAAGUUGAAGCAGUUAUUGGAUCUAUCACAAACCAUGCAGAUACAGUUGUUUAUGGUGUCCUUGUACCAGGUAACGAGGGUAGAGCUGGAAUGGUUGCUAUAAGAGAUACAACUGGAUCUCUUGACUUAAAAGAUUUACUAAUUAAAAUGAAGAAAGAGCUACCACAAUAUGCUAUUCCAAUUUUUAUACGAUUAACUGCUGAUAUCGAGGUAACUUCAACAUUUAAAAUGCCAAAAUUUACACUUAAAAAAGAGAGUUAUGACAUAAAUUUGGUGAACGAUCCAAUUUAUGUGUUGGAUUGGAAAAACGAAGAGUACAAAAAAUUAGACAAAGAAACUUAUGAUAAGAUAAUCAAUGGUGAAUAUAAGUUUUGAAUCACUGACUUUCUGUAAAAUGAAUUAUACACAUAAAAUCGAUACUCAAAAUCUAAAGACUUACUGCAAAUUCA